UCAACGAGUGUGCUCAUGACCCUUGUGCUUCUGAUGCUGAAUGUAUUAAUACAGUGGGACACUAUAGAUGCAAGUGCCCUUUGGGGAAAAAACUUGAAAAUGAUGAGAGGACAUGCACAGUGUGUGACGAGUUCCAUUUUGGCGAGGACUGCUCACAGACAUGCAGUUGUUUGCAUGGAACGUGUGAUCAUGUAACAGGUUGCGAUUGCGAGAAAGGCUGGAAUGGUAUCAGUUGUGACAUUGACGAGAAUGAAUGCGAGACGGGAACUUUAAAGUGUGAUGAAAUUAAUACGAUGUGCAUGAACUCCCAAGGAAGUGCUGCUUGUGUAUGUAUUGCAGGAUAUACCAAUACAUCUGGUAUCUGCAAAGACAUAGACGAGUGUCUGGAUACAGACCUUAAUUCGUGUGAUCAAACAUGUUCCAAUACAGAGGGUAGUUACGUAUGCGGAUGUCACAGAGGCUUUGUUUAUAUAGGAGGAAAAUGUUCAGAUAUAAAUGAAUGCCUUCAAGCAGACGAAUGUGACCAUAUUUGUGAAAAUACCAUUGGUAGCUACAGAUGUUUGUGUGAACCUGGGUUUAGACUAGACUUAACAGACAGAAAAUCUUGUAUAGUAAAUUCUGAGUGCAGCCAGACAGAAAUAAAUAAUUGUGGGGAAAAUGCUACGUGUUAUAUCAGAAAGGAAAAGCCUGAAUGCAAAUGCAAGAAAGGUUUCCGGGAAGUUAACAAACACUGCAUUGAUGUAGAUGAGUGUACCUCAGAUAAACACGUGUGUUCUAAUAGUUGCAACAACACCGUUGGCGGUUAUGUGUGUCAAUGUCCGGUUGGUUUCUUCCUACAAAAUGAUAAAGUUACUUGCAAAGAAUGUAACAAGGGCUCAUAUGGACCAAACUGUACAUUUUUGUGUACAUGUGUGUCAUCAAACACCGAAACUUGUGAUGGAAAAACAGGAAACUGUAGCUGUAAACAAGGUUGGGAAGGAAAGAACUGUAACCAAGAUAUUGAUGAAUGCAGCCACUCACCUGGCUGCUCUGUCAACUCAUAUUGCGUAAAUUAUAAUGGAAGUUACGAGUGCAAAUGCAAACCGGGGUACAUUAAAUCUAGUGAUGGCAAGUGCGAAGUAUGUGGAAACAGACAUUAUGGAGACAACUGUGACGAAGAAUGCAAAUGUGACCCCAGCAGCACAGACUCCUGUAAUCAUGUCACUGGAAUCUGUACCUGCAAAAAAGGCUGGAAGGGCAAUUUCUGUUCGAAAGACAUUGACGAAUGUGAAGAGAGUGUUGAUGUUUGCGGCAAAGUGGCAAACUCAACAUGUUAUAAUACUGCUGGAUCAUAUGCAUGUACUUGUAAACACGGAUUCAGCAAACAAGAACACGACUGCAUAGAUGUCGAUGAAUGCUUACUUGGUUACCAUGAUUGUAAACAACAGUGUGUCAACACUGAAGGAAGCUACAUGUGUAGAUGUGGUAAAGGUUAUAAAGGUUCCUGGAACAACUGUUCACAAUGUGUUGAAAAUACAUACGGAGAAGACUGCGCCGAAACAUGCAACUGUAAUUUGGCGAAUUCUGCGCAGAGAAGUCAGAGUUGUGACACUGUCAGUGGAACAUGUCAAUGUAAGGCUAACUGGAAAGGAAACACGUGUAAUGAAGAUGUCAAUGAAUGUAGUGAUGCUUUUGAGCCGAAAUGCAAGGCAGAGGAACAUAGAGGUUGCCACAACACUUUAGGAUGGUAUAUAUGUGACUGUUUCAGAGGCUAUUCCGAUUCCAAUGGGAUCUGUGUUAAAGAUGAAACGAAAACACCGACGUCGACGAAACCAGUGGGUUCGAUCGUUAUGGACUUAACCGUAACCAUUGACGUAUCAUUGCCUUUUGGGACUGACUUGAAUGUGACGAAAACAUACGAAGAGUUUGAAAAGGAAGCGAAAUCUAGCUUACUAGCGUUAUACGGUCGAUUCACAAAAGCAAGUAUAAACAUCAUUAUCAACGACUUGAGAAGAGGAAGUUUGGUAAUUCUACAUACAAUCGUGUACGAAGACAACGAUGUAAAUGUCGCAUCAGCUCUAACAAAAGCCACGAUCGAACUCCGCAAAGGAACAUACAUUACUUUUCAAGGAAAAAACAAUAUUGUAUCAACAGACGCUUAUAAGGGGAUAGAACCAUGUUCGCUUUACAAAAUGACGAUCGGAAACUGUAAUGAUGGAUUCAAGUGUACUGUUGAAAAUGAUGCCCCAAUAUGCAGAUUAGAAAGACCAGACAGCAGCAAACUAAAUUUGCCAAUCAUUAUUGGAGCCUCUGGCGGCGGAGGUAUUGUUCUUAUCUUGACAAGCAUAAUCGUGAUAGUGUAUCUGCGGAAGAGACGACAAAGAACGAAACUAGCACAACGAUCAGACAGGCUGACUAGUGCUUCAGAUUUGGCUAAAAAUAAAGGGUUGGAACCAAAAGCAGAAUCUAGUUACUACAGUAUGUUCAACUGGCAGGAAAAAUUGUCAAAGAGUGACGAAUCAAAGUACAUGACAUGGAGAUCUAUGGUCUCAAGAUUCACACUGGCAUCUGGAGGGGAAAGUAUCUAUGACCGACCAUAUGAGAUUCCACGAGCAAGAAUUCAACCAGUGACCACUGCUGCUGAAAACGAUUAUUUAACUUGUUCGUAAACUUUCAAUAAGAAUGUUUUUAAAACAACGAUUAAAAACAUUUCAUUUCUAUUAUCCCAGUGUAUAACAGUGUUUCGUUUUCUAUGGUUUGAGUAUACUAAAAUAAAGGAAGUUCUGCAUAUUUGACAAACUGGAAUCUUGGCCCGGUUAACUUAGAAGAAACAAUGAACCUGUAAAUGUAAACGUAAAUCAAACAAAUUGUUUCUGGUGACGUUAAUAUCCUUCUAAAAAUGAAUAUGAUAACAAAAAUAUAGUAAAAUCAACUUGAAAAGUUGAGUUGUCGAUUUUAUUUGUCAAUUAUUUAAGAAUAAAAUGUGCACGGACCUAUACAGUUUAACAAAUUUUGUUUUUAUUUCAAAGGCGGGGAGGGUGUAAGCAAUUUCAUUGUGCUAUAUUACUAGUAGUUGGGGACUGGUUGUUAUUGUCACAGUUUGAACGUGAGACGGUGCAAAUUAAGUAAAACGGGCUGAUUAAAACGUGCAGAAUUACUUUUAUUGAUGCCUUGAUUGCGUUAGUUUUGCAUGUGGUAGAAUAAAGAUGUUUAUAUUGUAAAUAAAAAUUUCAUGUGCUGACGAAAAACAGCUUAUCAGUAAAUAAAUGUGGAA